CCCGCUCCCUCCCUCGCCCAGCCCCGCUUCCCCUCCCCGCCCCGUCCCUCCCCCGGCGGCCGCCCCGGCUCCGCGCUCCGUGCCGGGGCCGUGCUCGGUGGGACGCUGCCUCCGCUCUGCGCCGCAGGAUGGACCUCCCCGGCCCUGCUGGUCCCGCAGCACUCCCCAAGCACAUCCUGGACAUCUGGGUCAUCGUCCUUAUCAUCCUGGCCACCAUCCUCGUCAUGACAGCCCUGGUGCUCUGCCCGGCCACCGCCGUCAUCAUCUACCGGGUACGGACUCACCCCAUACGCAAUGGCAUCGUGUGAGGGGGAACAGCAGGACUCCCACCGCAGGGCACCCCGAGAGUGGGGAGAGGAUGGGGUUGGAGCUGGGGUGAAGCCACCGUGCUGCCAGGGAACUGCUAGGGUCUGGUGGUGUGGCAUUGAGGACAUGGAAGUGAUGCCCAGCUGGAAGUGACUUGUUCCUGUAAGAUAGCUUGCCUCUGUCGUCUUGCAGCCACGUUAUCCCAUUGGGACUCUCCCAGCACCAGCAGCAAGGCAGCAAGGACCAUAAAUGCCUGGCAUAGUUAUUUCUCCAGCUGCUUGGGUGGUUGGAAAAGAAGAGUUGAAGCUGGAUGACUGAGUUGGCUUCUGGUUGUGCAACCACACUGCUGAAAGCAUCACUGCAGGAGCCCAUCCCAGUAGGAAUGCAGCUGGCACCAGUGGUUUUGUGUGUCAGAUAUCGGCUGGAAUUGCAGGAAACCCCCCGGGGUUCAGAUCCUAUGGGUCCAGUGGGGCAGAGGAGUGUGAGCAGCCCAUCUGCGUGGUGAUGGGGCUGCAUCCCUUCCCCUGCACUGCUCUUCCCAUCAAACAGGCAGCAGAGGGUUCCCCCACAGGUACUGCCAGACCAAAUAAGCUCGUAGAAAAUAAAUCGACUUUAUUCCA